AUGGUUCUGCGUGGCCGCGAAGUUUUCGACGCUUCUCAUGAGAUUUUCCUGGUGGAAACUGGCUGUGAUGACUUUCAAGUCAUCAUAACGGAAAUGGAAGGAUGUGGAACCGUAUAUCAUUCCGAACUUGUAGUUGAUCGAAAGGAUUUGAUGAUGAUGACCUUGAUCUCUUUCCCCGAAGUGAGGAAAACAUAUUCUUUGGCACACAAAAAAAUAUCAGCCUUGGAUGACCUGGAGGCAACCAUUAGAAAGAAUGCCAAGUUGAUUUCGAAAAUUCUGAGGGGAAAGCUGGGCUACGACAAAAAAAAGGGCGCCUCAUCUUUUGAGUGGCGGACAUUCCUGGGCUCUGUUGACACGCUUCCUGAACCGGCUCGACCGCUUAUUCUAUCUUCCCGUGCAUACGUGUACCCGAGCGGAAGCCGGAUUCCGCCUCGCACGCAGCGAAUGAUUGGGCUUCAAGUGGUGUUGGCAGGGAUUUCUCCGUAUCUUUUUUGUUGUUGUUGCUUUUUUCAAGGCCUCGAGAAUGUGGGGCGUCGCAAGGAAGAUGAAGCACUACUAAGCAAAGUGGAUCGAUUAAUCUUCGGGAAUCUGUCGCGACGUCGGAUGGGGAAACACCCGGGAAACCGGAUGCAUGAUCGUUUUCGUGUGCCUUUCGUAGUGGUUUUUGCCGCGAACAUGAAAUUUCCCGCGGGUGCUUAUUGUGACGAUGGCUACACUAACAGGGUUUGUGUAGAAAUCGAGAUUGAUCAUCUUCCGGGUGGCGGCCCUUUUUCCUCAAUGGCUCCUUGGCCUCCGAAUUUGAAGUCGUUUUUCUCGCCAGGGAAGCGGAAAAAAUACCCAGAGGUCCUUCAGGGGUUAAAUCGGGAUCUCGGGCCAGUUAUAUACCCGGGUGUGAAAUUGCGCACCCCGACGAGUCGUGAUGCCCGCGCUGUGCAUUGCCGCGCCUUGCGCAAGACCCUCAACCGCGACCAGCACGUCCCUCCCAGAGAGCGACGUGCCGGGAGAGGAGCAGACAGGUUGAACCGAGCGUUGGAACUCGGGGACAUGGUCAGAAGGCCCGCUAGCGUGUGUGUGGCGCGGUCAGGGCUGGUGCUCUGGGCUGUCUGUGUGCCCGUGUGCAGUGCAUCGUAG